CUAUUUCGUUUUAAUAAAAAUGCAAAUGAAGAGCUCCCAAAACACACUCACCACAGUCACAGAAUAUGGAUAUGGCCGUGGUUAUGACUCAUAAGUCGUUGGCAGUCUUUGAUUGGUAUCUUGUUUCGUCUUCCUGACUUUAUUGCCCAAGUCAAUCAGUCUUCGCCUGUGAAAUUUUUUUUCUUCCUUGAGAGAUAGAAAGCUUCUGUAAAUUAAGCCAGAAUGAAGUAGCUGGGGUUUUAAGCACAACAAUUGUUGAGUGAGAAGGAAUAUUACCCUCCUAGCGUGGUAGAAUUCCCGCAGAGAAAGGAAUGAAAAUGCAGAGCGCCCAAAUCACACUCAGCACUAUAUAUAUAUAUGCUUAUGACCGUGGACACAAAUCAUUGGAAUUGGAAGACUUUGAUUGAUAUUUUCUUUAGUGUUCUUAACGACAUUCGUUGACCAAUCAUAGUCUGCGCUUGAGUAGCUGAUGCAGUUUAAAGCUCAACAAUUCAUUAGUGAGAAGGAAUACUACCCACGUAGCAUGGUAGUGUAAGAAGAAAAAGAAAGAAAAGGUGAGUUGAAUUGUUUAUGGUAAAAGCAAAGUGAACAUAGAUUAGUUUAUUUAAUCUCUGCAUUCUACAACUACUCUUGUUCUAUUUAUUGGCAUGGAUUGCUUGAGCUGUGCGGGUCCAUUAUUAGACAUAGGUAUUCGCUUGUGGGAUUGCUCGGCCAAGAGUAUGGCUUACUUUCAUGAACUUGAAGAGAAUAUGGUAUCCUUGAGUGAUGCCAUGAAUGAUCUCAGGAACCUAAACCAAGAUGUAAAGAGAAGAGUUGAAUUUUCUCAGAGGCAAAACUUGCAGUGUACAAACCAAGUGAAGGGCUGGUUGGAAAAUGUGGAAAUUAUGGAAGAAGAAGUGAAUCUAAUUCUGCUGAAAGCUCGUGAAGAACACCAAACCCGGAACAACAAAUGUCUUGGUGGUUUCUUCAAGGGUGGCUGUUUUAGCCACAAGCUUGGAAAGUUGGUAGCUAGAAGGCUAGAUACUGUGAAAAGGCUACUGAACAAUGGACAAUUUGAUGCUGUUUCUGACAAGUUGCCGUGCCCUCCGGUGGAUGAGAUGCCUAUAGAGAGAACAGUGGGCUUGGACUUGACCUUGCGUGAGGUUUGGAGUAGCAUCCAGAACAGAAGUGUGGGAAUUAUUGGCUUGUAUGGCAUGGGCGGCGUUGGAAAGACGACCCUUUUGAAAAGGAUCAACAAUGAGUUGUUUGGUACGAGAAAUGAUUUUGAUGUAGUCAUUUGGGUUGUGGUAUCCAAUGAAGCAAGUAUAACCAGAAUUCAGGAUGUUUUUCGUUACAAAUUACAGAUUCCGGAUGAGAUAUGGAAUGCCAAUAAAGCAGAAGACAGAUCCAUAGAAAUAUACCAGACUUUAAGAGGGAAAAAAUUUGUUCUUUUGCUAGAUGAUGUUUGGAAAAGGUUUGAUCUUUUAAAAUUUGGUAUUCCUAUUCCAAACGAUGAUAAUGGGUCCAAAGUAAUAUUUACGACACGUUCCAAGGAAGUGUGUGGUCACAUGGAGGCUGAUAGUUGCAUUAGAGUUGAGUGCUUAACACAAGAGAAAGCUUUGGAUUUAUUUUUGGAGAAGGUGGGAAAAGAAGCUCUGAAUUCUCAUCCAGAUAUACCACAUCUUGCCAAAGUUUUUGCUCAAGAGUGCCAAGGCUUGCCACUUGCUUUGAUUACCAUUGGGCGUUCCAUGGCUAGCAGGAAAAAACUAGAGGAUUGGAAACGUGGGAUUGAGUUGUUACAGAGCUCCCUAUCACAUUUUUCAGGGAUUGCUGAUUAUGUUUAUCAUCUUCUCAAAUUUAGCUACGAUAGCCUGCCUAGUACUACUCUCCAGUCUUGCUUUCUAUAUUGUUCCUUGUUUCCAAAGGGCUCUAGUAUUGUAAAGAACAGGCUUAUUGAUAUGUGGAUUGGGGAGGGUUUUUUUGAUGAGUUUGAUGACAUACGUGAUGAACGAAGACAAGCAGAAGAAGCCAUUGAAACUUUGAAGCUAGCAUGCUUGUUGGAAGAGGGUGAUACAGAACAAUCUGUGAAGAUGCACGAUGUGAUCCGCAAUAUGGCCUUGUGGUUAGCUUGCGAUCGCGGUCAAAAGAAGAACAAGUUUCUGGUUAGAGAAAAUGCAAGGCCAGACAAAUUUGCAAAAUGGAAAGAUGCAGAAAGAAUAUCAUUAUGGAGUCAGGAAAUUAAAGAUGUUGCUGGAUUAGUGUUUUGUCCCAAGCUUAUUACAUUGCUUAUAACUAGUACCUUGAUUGGAACGUUUCCAAGUGAAUUGUAUGAAGCCAUCCAUGCCUUGCGAGUACUUGACUUGUCAGGUAAUCAAAGUUUAGAUUUGCUACCUGAGGGAAUUGCUAGCUUAAAAAAUUUGCAAUAUCUUAAUUUGUUUAGAACUGCUUUGAGGACUUUGCCUGUUGAUAUUAAGAAUCAAGAACUUGAGGUGCUUAUUACUAAAAGCCCAGGUCAAAUGCAUUAUUGUCCACUGUAUGAUGAAAUAGUCUUAUUGGAGGAGUUAGAGCGCUUGGAACACAUGGAUGACAUAUGCAUCUCCAUAUUUGAUACCCUUUCUGUCCAAAAACUAUUGAGCAGUAGUAAGCUACAAAGGUGUAUAAGAAACCUUACAAUUAUGUGGUCUUUCACUACACUCAACUUAUCAACUUCAUCUCUGAGCAGAAUGAAUCUGGAGGUUCUUGAGAUAUGGAAUGCUGAUACUCUCAGAAUUUAUCCGGAAAAGCAAAGGAUUCAAGAGUCUCUAUGCAUUGAAAGACUGCGCAACCUUCGUGUUUUGGUGGUUGUUCAGUGUGAAAUGCCUGAUAUGAAUUGGCUGGUUUAUGCUCCAUGCCUUGAGUUUCUUAGAGUCAAAGACUGUUCAUCAAUUAAACAACUUUUGAAUGAAGAUUUUGGGGAUGAAAGUGCAUUCUCAUGUCUCACAAUGCUACAUUUGCAAGACCUUCCGGAGGUGAAGAGCAUCAUACGUCCACAGCAAGCCUUGGCAUUUCCUGUUCUGAAGGAGAUCGAAGUGUUGAAUUGCUCAAGUCUACUGAAGCUCCCUUUCGAUUUCAACAGUGCAAAGGAAAGUUUGAUUAAAAUUAAAGGACAGAGAGAAUGGUGGGAAAAGCUGACAGCAUAUGGAUAUGGCCGUUGGCAGUCUUUGAUUGGUAUCUUGUUUGUUUCGUCUUCCUACAUCCAUGUCAUAACUACACAAGCAGAAGAAGCCAUUGAAACUUUGAAGCUAGCAUGCUUGUUGGAAGAGGGUGAUACAGAACAAUCUGUGAAGAUGCACGAUGUGAUCCGUGAUAUGGCCUUGUGGUUAGCUUGUGAUCGCGAUCAAAAGAAGAACAAGUUUCUGGUUAGAGAAAUUGCAAGGCCAGGCAAAUUUGCAAAAUGGAAAGAUGCAGAAAGAAUAUCAUUAUGGAGUCAUGAAAUCAAAGAUCUUGCUGGAGUAAUAUUUGCUAGCUUAAAAAAUUUGCAAUAUCUUAAUUUGUCUAGAACUGCUUUGAGGACUUUGCCUGUUGAUAUUAAGAAUCUCAAGAAAUUGAGGUGCUUCUUACUAAAUGAUACUUAUAGUCUAAUUGAUAUUCCAAGGGAAGUUCUAUCAAGUCUUUCAUAUUUGCAAGUGUUUAGUAAAUUACAGAGCCCAGGUCAAAUGCAUUAUUGUCCACUGUAUGAUGAAAUAGUCUUAUUGGAGGAGUUAGAGCGCUUGGAACACAUGGAUGACAUAUGCAUCUCCAUAUUUGAUACCCUUUCUGUCCAAAAACUAUUGAGCAGUAGUAAGCUACAAAGGUGUAUAAGAAACCUUACAAUUAUGUGGUCUUUCACUACACUCAACUUAUCAACUUCAUCUCUGAGCAGAAUGAAACAUCUGGAGGUUCUUGAGAUAUGGAAUGCUGAUACUCUCAGAAUUUAUCCGGAAAAGCAAAGGAUUCAAGAGUCUCUAUGCAUUGAAAGACUGCGCAACCUUCGUGUUUUGGUGGUUGUUCAGUGUGAAUUGCCUGAUAUGAAUUGGCUGGUUUAUGCUCCAUGCCUUGAGUUUCUUAGAGUCAAAGACUGUUCAUCAAUUAAACAACUUUUGAAUGAAGAUUUUGGGGAUGAAAGUGCAUUCUCAUGUCUCACAAUGCUACAUUUGCAAGACCUUCCGGAGCUGAAGAGCAUCAUACGUCCACAGCAAGCCUUGGCAUUUCCUGUUCUGAAGGAGAUCGAAGUGAUGAAUUGCCCCAGUCUAAUGAAGCUCCCUUUCGAUUUCAACAGUGCAAAGGAAAGUUUGAUUAAAAUUAAAGGACAGAGAGAAUGGUUGGAAAAGCUGGUUUGGGAUGACAAUCACGUUGAGAGUUUCUUCAGUUCAAAAUUUGUCUCAUUGGAUGAAAUUGUCACUGGAAAUGAAGACUCUCUCUCUUCCUUCAGAUAUGUUUACACUGUCGUCCCUAUCUCCCCAAAAUUUAUAUUUUUUAAAUUUGUAGAGUUUCCGAGUUAGAAUUCAUGUAAGAUAUCUUCAAAAAGUAUUGAAUUGAUUAACUUUUUUUCUUUCUUUUUCUUUUUGGCUUGGAAGAACUGGAUUUGGCCGACUUAAGUCACUUCAACAUGUUAAAACAACAUUUUCCCUUUUGUCCCUACAAAUCCAGCUUUUUCCAGCAAUAUUUUCUCUUGCCCCAACUGAUAAGCUCCGAGUAUUCACAUGUA